AUGUCUUCCACGCGCAAGCACAAGGCGGCCGACGGCGAUGAAGGCGAAGGCUCCUCCCCAUCCUCCUCCCCUCGCUCGUCUCCGCAUCGAGCCAAGUCACCAUCAUCAUCGUCGGGAAACAAGAAGCGCAGAUUGGACACGAAUGGAAGCGACGAAUCGACAGCUACCACUUCCUCCUCUUCUUCCUCCACCUCAACGUCUUCUUCCGUCUUCCCACAUCCCGCACUCCAUCAGCUGCCGCCCCAUCUCCUCAACCACUCUCACCCGGGUGGCGAUCUGGGCGAAUCCCUCCGAUUUUCGCAAGUGGCGCGUCUCCUCGACGCCUCGGCUGAGGAUGGCGGGCUCGGGCUGGGCCACUCCUCGUCUGGUCUCGGGACCUCCACCGAUUCCUCCUUCUGGAAGAUGCUGGAGACCGAGGACCCGUCUGAGGUCACAAAACAGAUGAACCAGACGGCCGAGCUGCAGCAGCAGCUCCUCAAGACGGCCCACCUCCUGCGCUCCUCGCAGGACGGCACCGAGGCGGCCGGCGGCAACCACCACCACCAGGACGCGUCGCUCUACGCGUCGCAGGGCGGCGGCGGCCACCAGCCCCAGCCCUCGCUGUCGCAGUCGCAGCUCAUGAGCGCGCUGAUGGGCUCGGCCUCGGCCAACGAACUGCUGGGCGAGGGCGUCGUCGACUACCCGCCGCUGUCGGCCUCCACCCACGCCCUGCUCACCUCGUUCAUCAAGCAGGAGGGCGCCAGCUCGAGCGGCGGCGCCACGAUCGCGUCUGUCGCUGGGUCGGGCGUCGCCGCGCUGCCGCUGCCACCCCCGCCGCACGGCACUAUCGCGCCCUCGCCCGCCUCGGCCUUCUCGUCGCCCACGGCCGCCGCGUCCAGCGGCAAGAAGUCCGGCGGCGGCCACAAGGCCACGCGCUCCGGCUCCACGUCGCCCGCGCCGCAGUCCUCGUCGUCCACGUCGAGCGGCGGCGGCGGCCAGGCGGCGGCCCAGCACUCGGCAGCGGCUGCAGCUGCGGCGGCGGCGGUUGCAGGCAUGAACGACGGGAGCGCGGCGGCGGCGCUGCUGUCGCAGCUGGCGUCGAUGGAGGAGAGCGUCGACAACCAGCUGAAGGCGAUGAAGUUCCAGCAGUGCGACGUGAUCGACACGCAGCUGCACAACCGCGCGGAGAUGGACAAGCUGCUCAAGGCGCAGGGCGACCUGCGGAAGCAGAUCGAGCAGUCGGUGCAGCGCCUGGAGCAGCUCAACGACACCCACAUCCUCACCGCCACCGACGCCUACCGCCUCGUGUGCCUCUCCGACUCGUUCGCGCUCCACGCGCGGCGGCUGCGGCUCUACCAGGAGGAGCUGUUCCAGGCCCAGUCGGGCCAGCCCGUCAAGCCCGUCGCGUCGCUGGUCAUCACCAAGCAGCCGUUCCCGUGCACCGUCAAGCAGUCCAAGUCGGUCGACGACCCGGUCGACGUGGUGCUGAUCACGGGCGCCAAGUCCGAGAUCCAGGCCAUGGGCCAGGUCAAGGCCGAGCUCAUCAACGAGGACUACAACCCGAUCUCCAAGAAGAAGAACUCGGCGCCCGCCAUUCAGAACGCGGCCGAGACGAUGGACGAGUCGCUCAUGGUCACCUUCAAGCGCCUCAUCUUCCCGCACGGCUCGCGGGUCAAGUCGGUCAACAUGCGCUUCGCCCAGGAGGUCACCAUGAACGGCUCCUCCAUGCGCCUCCUCAGCGAGCCCACCAAGCCCUUCAUCGUCAUGACCAACCACGGACAGAGGUCCACCACAGAGGGCAAGCUGUUGAAGAAGCACACGUUUGCCAACCGUUCGGAGAUACCGUGGCCGGCGUUCGCCAACGCGAUGCAGAUCCACUACAUUCGGGCCACCAAGCAGGACCCCAAGAAGCCCGUCCGCCCGCUCUCCAACAAGGACAUCGAAUACCUCCACCUCACCAAGUUCAACGGCAAGAUGAGGUAUGUGCCUAUCUUGUCCCUACAUCGCCACCUUCACCUUCACCUGGUGUUGUACUCAACGCGAAAGUGGACCAGCAUCAACCAGGAGGACUACGACCAGUUCUGGGCGUGGUUCGGCACCAUCCUCUACAAGAUCCGCAACCACCAGAAGCACAUCCUCCCCAUGUGGAUCAAGGGGCUGAUCUACGGCUUCUUGUCGAGGGAGGACUCGGACCGGCUGCUGCUGACGCAGGGCGCGCUGCCGGGCUCGUUCCUGAUUCGCUUCAGCGACCGGUGCGCGGGCCAGUUCGUGGUGGUCUACGUGACGUCGUCGCCCAACAAGAAGGCCGACGGCGGUGCCGGCGGCGGGGACGACCGAGAGGUCAAGCACUACCUCAUCAACCCGGAGGACAUCGAGAAGAAGAGCACCCUCCCCGACUUCCUGCGAGACUGCGAAAACCUCUGGUUCCUCCUCCAGGUCGUGCGCGACCACGACACCGGAGUGGUGAGCCUGAGGCCCAAGAACAAGGACGAACUGCUGGCCUCCUUCUACUCGCGGGAAAAGUCGCAGACGCUGCUGCUCGGCUACGACAACCGCCAGCCGUGA